CAAAACAUAAGACGCCGGCUCCUCACAGACAUUGGAAAUUCUUGAGAAUGUGUAACGUUAGAGAGAAGCUAAUUUGCAUAUUGAAAACCCUAAUUGACCAAAUUUACCUAAAUAGAAGGCUGUUUAUGUGAGCACAGAUCUUGGCUGCUGUGUGACAGAAAACGAAGUUACAUGGAGAUUAGACUCCAGAACAAUUCUGGCUGUGUUCAACUUCUCCACCAGCCAGCAUAGCUACAACAGAACAUUUGGGCAGACAAGAAGAAGAGCACUUUGUGGUGAUCCACAGUCGGGCGAGGCUUCCAGACCAACUUCUGGAGAGGGAAACGGCUUAACACUGGUUUGACUUCUUUAACUCGGUUUAAGAAAGGUUGCAAAUAUGGAACAGCACUUUGGAAAUCUGGAAAAGGGUGUGGUAGAGAUGGGCUCAGAAGCAGAGGAUAAGAUUGAGAAAGAUGGAGUGUCAGACAGCGAGUGUAAAGCAGACACAGGUGUUCCUGAGGUCCCUCCGCCUGCAGAUGACACGCCGGAGGUCCUCAACAAAGCCCUGUCAGGCCUGUCGUCACGGUGGAGGAACUGGUGGGUGCGGGGCAUCCUCACUCUGGCGAUGAUCGCCUUUUUCUUCUUCAUCAUCUACCUUGGCCCGAUGGUGCUGAUGAUGAUUGUGCUCUGUGUGCAGAUCAAGUGUUUCCACGAGAUUAUCACCAUCGGCUACAGCGUGUAUCACUCCUACCACCUCCCCUGGUUCAGGACGCUCAGCUGGUACUUCCUGUUGUGUGUGAACUACUUCUUCUACGGCGAGACGGUGACGGAUUACUUCUUCACACUGGUGCAGAGGGAGGAGCCUCUACGGAUCCUCAGCAAAUACCAUCGCUUCAUCUCUUUCGCCCUCUACCUCAGCGGGUUCUGCAUGUUUGUACUGAGCCUGGUGAAGAAGCACUAUCGGCUGCAGUUCUACAUGUUCGGCUGGACCCAUGUGACCCUGCUGAUUGUGGUUACUCAGUCACACCUCAUCAUCCAUAACCUGUUUGAAGGAAUGAUCUGGUUUAUUGUUCCGAUCUCCUGUGUGAUCUGUAAUGACAUCAUGGCGUACAUGUUUGGAUUCUUCUUUGGACGUACUCCGCUCAUCAAGUUGUCCCCCAAGAAGACGUGGGAAGGUUUUAUUGGUGGAUUUUUCUCCACGGUAGUCUUUGGAAUCCUGUUCUCCUAUGUGAUGGCAGGCUAUCGUUACUUUGUGUGUCCAGUGGAGUUCAGUAACGACUCCAACAGUUUCACAGUGGACUGUGAACCAUCAGAGCUCUUCCAGCUGCAGGACUACACACUGCCCUCCGUCCUCGAGUCCAUCACCGGCUGGACCACAGUGAAGCUGUACCCGUUCCAGAUACACAGCAUCGCUUUGUCCGCCUUCGCCUCCAUCGUGGGGCCGUUUGGAGGCUUCUUUGCCAGCGGAUUCAAGAGGGCCUUCAAGAUCAAGGACUUUGCUAACACCAUUCCUGGUCAUGGAGGAAUUAUGGACCGGUUUGACUGCCAGUAUCUCAUGGCCACUUUUGUCAAUGUUUACAUUGCCAGCUUCAUCAGGGGACCGAACCCUACUAAAGUGAUCCAGCAGUUGCUCGCCCUGCGGCCGGACCAGCAGCUCCACAUCUACAACUCCCUGAAGGCCCAUCUCACUGAGAGAGGCCUGCUCGCAGCGCUGGAGGAGGCAGCUUAGACUCCUGGACCAGGAGAGGGAGAGAGAGCACCCUGGGUGAUGUGAGAGAGAGGGAGAGAGAGAGAGAGAGGGGAUCAUGGGGCAUCAUGAAGCAGGUGCUUUGUGGAGGUGGGAGUAGUGCUUGAAUGAGAAAGAUCAGGAAAAAGGAAAAAAAAA